CAGAAGGUUUGUUCAGUUUUACCAUUCAAAAGUGGGUUUUUUAAAAAGUGGAUCACUUGAACAGAAACUCAUCCAUGGAAGAAUUUUCCAGACUAGGGAAAACAUUCCCCUAGAAACUCCCACCAAAGGUAUCAAUUCAGCCUGUGGAGCUGAACUUUGCUUCCCUCAGAGCCCAGUGCAUUUGUCCUCCCAUACUAUGAGCCAUUUGCUCCAUGAAUGUUUUCUCCCUCUGCCUUUAUCCCAAGUAACACGACAAGGAGAAGAAGAGAAAGGACGUGGACUUCAGGCAGAUCCCAGCAGUAUUAAUGGAACUGGGCAAUGGAUUUGCAGUCAGAACACAUGUGUAUGUCUAUCCUUCUAUGCUUACUAACGAGCAACGGGGGAAAGUCAGUUGACAUCUUCAGAUCUCAGUUUUCUCAUGUGCAGAAUGUGGAUAAUAUUCCUUUAUAAACUUUGCAACAGCAUUGAAGUAAGGCUCAGAUGAAAUAAUGUAUGUGAAAGCAUUGUAUAAAUUAGCGCAAAUCCAACCUGAAGCACUACUGUUGCCAACUCCAGUGGAGGCCUCUGCUGUGACUAAUAAGAAAUGUUUGUUGUUUUGUUUUGUUUUUUGAGACAGGGUCUCUCUCCAUUGCCAAACUGAAUUGCGGUGGUGCAAUCAUAUAGCUCACUACAGCCUCGAACUCCUGAGCUCAAGGGAUUUUCCCAUUUCAGCCUCCACAGUAACUAGGACUAUAGGCAUGUGCCACCAUGUCUCACUUUGUUGCAGAGUCUGGUCUGGAACACUUAAACUCAAGCAAUUCCCCCACCUCGGCCUCCCAAAGUGCUGGGGAUUAUAGGUGUGAGCCACUGUGCCUGGCUUAAGAAAUGUUUUGUAACUUAAAAAUAACCAGGCCGGGUGCGGUGGCUCACGCUUGUAAUCCCAGCACUUUGGGAGGCCGAGGCGGGCGGAUCACGAGGUCAGGAGAUCGAGACCACGGUGAAACCCCGUCUCUACUAAAAAUACAAAAAAUUAGCUGGGCGUGGUGGCGGGCGCCUGUAGUCCCAGCUACUCGGAGAGGCUGAGGCAGGAGAAUGGCGUGAACCCGGGAGGCGGAGCUUGCAGUGAGCCGAGAUUGCUCCACUGCACUCCAGCCUGGGCAACAGAGCGAGACUCCGUCUCCAAAACAAUAAAUAAAUAAUUUAAAAAAAUAACCGUAUAGCCUUAUGUCUAUUUGUGUGGGGGAAGAGAAAUGCAGGAACAGUCAUCUCAGUUGCAUUAUCCACGGAAGGCACCACCGAUUCUGCUUGGCUUUAAAUUGGAGCUGCCACUCAGGAGACCUUUUGUGUUUAGCAUAUUCAGGUCCUGACUUGUAGCUGAAACGAUCAGCCAUCUUCAACAUCUUCCAAACUCCUGAUGUUUAUAGUGUCCAUCUGUGGUGUCAUUUAUAGCAGCCUGGAUUAGGAAGAGAAUACUAGGCUCAUGCACUUAAAACCAAGCACACACACGAAACAGCAGCAGCACUAAUCACCCGCAGCUUAUCACGAAUCCACGUCUAGAGAGCCCCAGUGGCCCAGGGCCACAUCCAGUCCCUGGACUUGGAAAUCAGGACGCUGUGGAUCCCACAGGCGCCCCGCGACAUCCUGGAAUCGCCGGGAGUGGCGCUGCGGUGAAAGCCCGUGCCUAGAGUGGGCUUACGGGUCCCAUUCCACUCGGAAAGUCUUCUCACCUCUCCAAGGGCCCUUCUGCCGGCGCAAUGUGGGGGUCCCUCCGCCACUCGAGCAGAGCAGCGGCCUAGGCCAGGCACCCCUUGGGUGAGCGCGGAGGGCCCCUGGGACGCCCAGCCAGGCCUGGCGUCUGGGGACCCGGGGCUCGUGUGUGUGUCGGUCAGGCUCCGAUGGCCGAAGCAGAGACGAAGGAACGGCUUCGCUGCGGGAGGCUAGAGGGCUGCGCCUGGGCCCGCCCGGCCUCCCUCUUGCCCCAAGAGCAGGGCAAGGCCUCCUGGGCUGUUCUGGGGUCAAGAGUUACGAACACUUCUUGUCCUCAGGAGCUCACGGAGGUGACGAGAAGCGGUCUGGGUCUGAAGCCGCGACACAGAGGUGAGCAGUGGGGCCUCGGGGAGCAGCGGGGCCUCGGAGAGCAGCGGGGCCUCGGCGAGCAGCGGGGCCUCGGCUUGGCGGCUCCCUCCGCCACCCCGCCACCUUUCAUGACCCGGGCCAAGCCGCUUCACGAAGACCAGGAAGCGGCCUCUGCCAGGAAGCCACCUGCAGCCUAUGGUCCCCUCCCCAGGCGGCCCCAGCCCGCGCCCGGCAGCUCUCUCCUAGAUGGUUGCCUUCCGAACGCCUGGAGGGCCCUGACCCUUCCGGUGUUCCACCGUAAUGGGGUCGGGGCGGAAAGGGGCGGCUGUGGCUGCCUGAGACCUCCAGGGCAGCGCACAUUACGGGCGGGAAAGGGAAGUCAAGGCAGGAACCAGGACAUCCAGGGAGAAUGCAGGUCUGACAUGAGCCAAGGCCUUGGCAGUAGAGGAACGUUCACCACGUUGUGCAAAAGACCAAGCCACUAGCCCCAAAGAGCAGGACUUCUCGCUAAGCGCCGGACUCCCUGAACCAGGAUAUGUGGGCACUGCUCCCUGCAAGGUGUCGAUAAUGCAGGAAUAUCACGAAGUCACCAGGAUAGCAGGUUUUUCAGCAACAUUUAACUAUUUACUGAAACUACCUCUAAUGCUGACCUUAGUAAAAACAACUUAAUUUCAAUUCAGGAAAUUUCAUUAAGAACCUAAUACAUGCUAAUAAAUGGUACCUCUGUAACUGCAAGAAUGUGAAGGAAGAAAAAAUGUACAUGAAUCAGAGGCCUCACAUUUUUCAUUUGUAGUAGGUGCUAUCCAUGGUGUGGAGAAAUUUUUAUAGAAGAACGGCAGCCAGGCUGGAGAAUGAGACCUGCUUGAGACAUAUCACUUCUUUUUCAUGUAUCUUCUGCCACACAUUUUCAUCCAAAUGUUUAUUUGUUUCCAAGACAGCUAAAGAAAGGAGUCUAUUUUAAAGACAUUUAGACAUACAUUAAACUUUCCCUGUUUAACACGUUCAGUCAACUAAAACUAUGAGAGGUCAUGUUUGGGGAGAAGAUAUUUGUUUAUAUUUAAUAUAACUUCCUAAAACACAAAAACCCCUUUCUAAGGUUUCCUAGACUUUAAAAGAUAGGAGUGGUAUACUGUAUUGAUUUGAGUUAGGAAAAAGGAAGGCAAUUUGAAUAGGGGCCAGUGGAAUACAAAUGUGUCAAUAUUCUCUUGACUAUACUGUAAAGUAACUGAGAUUGCCUGGUUUUAAAUACAGAGCAUAUGAAAAAUGGAAAACUUUUCCUCUUAGAUCAAGAACAAGACUAAAGUGCCCACUCUCACCACUUUCAUUCAAUAUAGUAUUGUAAGUUUUAGCCAGAGCAUUUAAGGAAGAAAAAGAAGUAAAAGGAUUCAAAUUGGAAAGGAAGAAAUAAAAUUGUCUCUGUUUGCAUGUGACAUGAUCUUACAUAUAGAAAACCCCAAAGACUACAUCAAAAAACUUUUAGAACUAAUACAUGAAUUCAGUAAAGUUAUAGAAUAUAAACCAACAUAAAAAAAGUAGCAUUUCUAUACACUAACAAAAAAAUCGGAGAAAGAAAUGAAGAAAUCAAUCCCAUUUAUAAUAGCAACCAAAAAAUAAAAUAUUUAGGAAUAAACUUAAUCAAGGAGGUGAAAGAUGUACUGUGAAAACUAUAAAACAUUGAUGAAAGAAAUUGAAGACACAAAUAAAUUGAAAUAUAUCCUGUGUUCAUGGACUGGAAGAAUUGAUAUUUGUUAAAAUGUCCAUAUGACCCCAAAUGAUCGACAGAUUCAAUGCAAUCCCUCUCAAAAUUCCAAUGAUAUUUUUCAAAGAAAUAGAAAAAAACAAUUAUAAAAUUUGUAUGGAACCACAAAAGAGCCUGAAUAGCUAAAGUAAUCUUGAGCAAAAAGCUAGAGGAAUCACACUACCUGAUUUCAAAGUAUGUUGCUAAGCUUAAGUAAUCAAAACAGUAUAGUACUGGCAUAAAAACAGACACAUAGAGCAAUAGAACAGAAUGGAGAGCCCAGAUGUAAAUCCAUGCAUUUACAGUCAAUUCAUCUUUCACAAAGGUGCCAAGAACACACAGUGGGGAAAGGAUAGUCUCUUGAAUAAAUUAUGUUGGGACAACUGUAUAUCCACCAAUAGAAAAAUGAAAUUGGACCUGUAUCUCAUGCUAUAUACAAAAAUCAACUCAAAAUGGAUUAAAGAAUUAAAUGUAAGACCUGAAACUGUAAAACUACUAGAAGAACAAAUAGUGUGAAAGCUCCUUGACGUUUGUCUGGAGAAUGAUUUUUUUGGAUUUGACCAUAAAACUCAGGCAGGAAAGCAAAAACAGACAAAUGGGAUUGCAUCAAACUUAAAAAGCUUUCCACAGCAAAGGAAACAAUCAACAGAGUGAACAGACAAUAUUGGCAAACCAUACCUCUGAUAAAGGGUUAAUAUCCAAAUUACAUAAGAAACUCAAUUCAAUAGCAAGAAAACAAAUAGCCUGUUUUUUUUAAUGGUCAGAGGACCUGAAUAGACAUUUCUCAAAAGAAGACAUAUAAAUGGUCAACAUGUGUAUGCAAAAAAGCUCAACAUCAUUAAUCAUCGGAGAAAAUGCAAAUUAAAGCCACAAUGAGAUGUCACCUCACACUUUUUAGAAUGGUUACUAUAAAAAAGAGAAAAAAUAAGUUUUGGAGAGGAUGUGAAGAAACGAGAACCCUUGUCCUUUAUUGGUGGGAAAUUAAAUUAGUACAGCUAUUAUGGGAAACAGUAUGGAGUCUCUUCAAAAAACUAAAGAAAUAGAACUACCCUAUGAUCCAGCAAUUCCACUUCUAGAUAUCUAUUCAAAGGAAAUAAAAUCAGUAUGUCAAAGACAUCAUUGCACUCCCAUGUUCAUCGCGGCGUUAUUUACAAUAGCCAAGAUAUGGAAUCAAUCUAAGUGUCCAUCAAUGGAUGAAUGGAUAAAGGAAUAACUAACACACACACACACAUGAAUACUAUGAAGCCUUAAAAAAGAAGAAAAUCCUGUCAUUUGUGACAACAUGGGCGAAUGUAGAGAACAUUAUGUUAAGUGACAUAAGCAAAGCACCAAAAGACAAUACUACAUGAUCUCACAUACAUGGGGAAUCUAAAAAAGUUGAACACAUGGAACAGAGAGUAAAAUGGUAGUUGCCAGGGGCUGGAGGUGGGGGUGGGGAAAUCUUGGUUAAAGGGUAGUUUCAGUUAGACAGGGUGACUAAGUUACGGAGAUCUAUUGUUUAUCAUGAUGAAUAUAGUUAAUAACAACGUAUUGUAUUCUUGAAAAUUUCUAAUACAUUAGAUCUUAAAUAUACUCACCUCAAUAAACAACUAUAUGAAG